UGAUCUAUAAAUAGCUCCCAAAAGCUAUGAACUGCUUGUGCUCAGUUUCACUCUUAUCAGUGAAUUAGAUCAUAUACUUGUGUCCUUGACAGCUCGUUAAUUAGCAUGGCUAGGUCUCUCGCUGCUCUCCUUCUCCUUCUGGUCGCAGCCGCGGGAGCCAGCCAUGCCGCGUCGCCGGCGGAGAUGUACUGGAAGAUCGCGCUCCCGACCUCGCCGAUGCCCGGCGCCAUUCGCGACCUCAUCAGCCCGGCGAGCUCAGCGGCCUCAGCUUCGAAGGAUAAGGAGGAUACGGUGGGCUCCGUGUUCUUCCUCGAGAAGGACCUCUUCCCGGGCUCCAAGAUGACGCUCCACUUCACCCGCGCCACCGCCGGCGCCGCGCUGCUCCCUCGCGGCCGCGCCGACUCCGUCCCGUUCGCCUCCGAAAAGCUCCCGGAGAUCCUCUCCCAGCUCUCCAUCCCCGCCGGCUCGCCGACCGCCGACGCCAUGCGGUCCACGCUCGCCGUGUGCGAGGCCGCGCGGAUCGCCAGCGAGACGGCGCCCAAGCACAAGCACUACUGCGCCACGUCGCUCGAGUCCAUGGUCGAGCUCGUCGCCUCCAGCCUCGGCACCCGCGACGUCCACGCCGUGUCCACGGAGGUGGUCAACAGGGCCGGGCCGACGCCGAGGCAGGCGUACAGGGUGGAGGCCGUGAGGCCCGUGCCGGUGCCCGGGGGCGACAUGGUGGCAUGCCACAGGAUGCCCUACGCGUACGCCGUGUUCGGGGUGCACGGGAUCAAGGGCGCGGCGUACACGGUGACGCUGGCCGGCGCCGACGGGACCAUGGCGGAGGCGGUGGCGGCGUGCCACGGGGACGUGGACGGGCACGGCGUGGCGGUGGCGGAGGCGUACAAGAGGCUCGGCGUGGCGCCCGGGAAGGUGGCAGUCUGCCACUUCCUGCCUCAGGACGACAUGCUCUGGGUGCGCAACUGAAUGAAGCAGCUACCUGCGCGCCAUCCAUGGCUAAUUAAGCUCCUUCCUAUAUUUUCGAUCUACCUGCCGGCUGGCUAUCAUGUUAUCAUCGCGUGUGUGUGCGCGCCGAUCCGACAUGCCCACACUACACGUCGACACUACACGUGUUUUAUUUUGUUAAUUAAUAAGUCUGGACAACCAGGUCAUCUUGUACGGCACUUCUCCCCUCUGUCCCGAAAUAAACCAACUUAUAAAGAUUGAAGUUUGUCGCAAAAUAAA